CAUGCAUGUACCAUGUUCAUAUACAUUUAGAAAUUACUCAAAUAUAAAAUGGACUGGCUUUUCUUCUUGUAUAUGUUAGUGUUUCAAAUUAGUUGUGGAUACAAUAAAGUGAUUGUAUCAAAGAACAUAACAGCUAUCAGGGGAAGUUUGACCUCUCCUUGUUUCCCUGGUAACUAUCCAAACAACAUCAACUACACGUGGAUUCUGAAUACUGGACACGUCAACGCUACCGCUGUAUUUUUCUUUGACUUUAUGAAUAUUUUUCAACAUCGUUUCACCUUCUCCUGCACUGAUGAUUUCGUGAAGAUAACAGAAAUAGAUCCGUGCUGUUUUGACGCGAUGACCAUAUGUGGUGAAUAUAGCCCUUUUUCCUUGACUGUGAGGGGUAGAUUGAUAAGAAUCAAUUUUGUCUCUGAUGAAUGGUACACAGCAAAAGGGUUUAGUCUAGCAUGGAUAGUCAGUCGACCGGAAGUAAUCAAGAUUUCCACACACGCAACAAAAUCCAUCACAAAAACACAAAAGUCUACACCAAGAACAACGAAACUCCCUUAUCGAACAACAUUGACUUCCAGGAAAACAACAAAAGACACCAUAGGAACAACAGAAAGCAUCACACGAACAACAAGAAUGCAAAGAAAAUCAACAAUGAAAAAUACAGCAAAGAAUCCACUUUGUAAUUUAUAUGACACCAAACAAGGUAACCAUAUUCUCAAAAGGAAUCUGGGUUGUUUACAUUUAAUAUUACACAUUGUUACAGUAAUAGAUCCGUGCUGCUAUUACCCCAUGCACAGAUGUGGUCGAUUUAGUUCGUUUCCUCAGAUUGCUAAGGGUAGAUUGAUAAGGAUUAAUUUUGUUUCUGAUAAACGGGACAAAGGGAAAGGGUUUAUUCUAAAAUGGAGAGUCAGUCGAUCAGCAACUACAAAGGCUACCGCACACACAACAAAGACCACAACACAAAUAAAAAAGACUACCAAACAAAUAAUAAAGUCUACCACACUAACAACAAAGACCUCCAAGAAAACAACAAAACAUCCAGAACCAACAACAAAGACCUUCAAGACAACAACAACACUGCCGUUAUCAACAAGAAAAACAACUAUAAUGAAUGAAACAACCUCAGAAAGGAAGUCAUUCAGGCCAAUCUCAAGUGAUUUGGAUCAGUCAACAACAGCAACUAAUCAGUCGACAGCGGACAAAAAUGCAAAUAUUGGAGAGAAAACAGCUAUCAUGGCAACUGGGAUUGCUGUAAUUGAAAUAACUUUGGUGGCAGUUGGUAUUUACAUCGGCAAGCAUCGUAGAGACAGGUAA